AUGAGCAAGAAAACUGAAACUUCCCCACUCCUUGCCAAUGGCGGCGAUGAAGGCGGUGAUAUUCACAGCAAACUUGCCAACAUUCGCUCCCUGAUGCAAGAUACCCAUGAUUCUUGCAUCAACUUUUCCUAUGAAUGGCGCAAGGACCAAUUGACUCGUCUGGAAAAAUUGGUUAGGGACAACUUUGAAGAAAUCCUGGAUGCUCUAUACCAAGAUUUGGGCAAGGCCCGUUGCGAAGCUGGCUGUUUUGAAAUGGGAAGUCUGGUGAGCGAAAUCGAGUUCUUCAGUAAGAAUUUGAAGAGUCUCAUGGAGCCAGAGGAUUUUCCCUCUCCAAUCGGAUUGUUCCCAGGUUUCAGCAAAGUAACACCCAUGCCUCGCAACGGACCAGCCGUCUUGGUGAUUGGACCAUCCAAUUAUCCAAUUUCCCUCAGUCUCAUGGGUGUCGCGGGAAGUUUGGCGGCAGGAAAUCCCACCGUCUUGAAGCCUUCGGAACUUUGUCCAGUCAGUGCCGCACUCUUGGCCAAGUAUGUGCCACAAUACUUUGAGGCCAAUGCGUUGCAGGUAGUGGGAGGAGGUAUCCCCGAAACCACAGCCUUGCUGGAUCAAGAGUGGGGAAUGAUUCUCUUUACUGGAAGUGAACGGGUUGGAAAGAUUGUGGCUGCCGCUGCUGCCAAGACACUUACCCCCAUUGUCUUGGAACUGGGAGGCAAAUGCCCGUGUCUCGUUGAUGAAACCUGCCCCGCGGAUAUUACUCAGGUUGCCAAUCGGAUGAUCUGGGCAAAGACAGCCAAUUGUGGACAAAACUGUAUUAGUCCAGACUACGCCGUGGUGCACAAGAGCAAGAUAGAUGCCUUGGUGCCGGAACUCUUGAAAACAUUGGAGAAGCAAUUUGGUUCUGAUCCCAAACAAUCCGGACUUGGAAAAUUGGUUGCUCCUGGCCACGUCACACGAGCUAUAGAAAUGCUACAGGAGGUGGAAGAGCGUGCCAAAACCGACAAAAGCAUUAAAAUCUUGGUGGGAGGGUCCGACAAAUGCGAUGCCAAAGCAGGCUAUGUGGCUCCGACACUGAUUUUGAAUGCACCUUUGGACUGCCGUGUCAUGCAGGAGGAAAUAUUUUGUCCCAUUCUACCCAUUGUGGUGUUUGAAACCCGCGACGAGGCAGUCAAUCUCAUCAACAGCCGCGCUGGAACCCCCCUUGCCUUUCACGCCUUUACCAGCAGCGACAAAGUCUUUCGGGAGUUGACCGAACGCUGUCGCUCCGGUACUGCCGUGCAGAAUGAUUUCCUGGUGCAAUUUGUAGGGCCCUACUUGCCCUUUGGUGGACUUGGGUCCAGUGGUAUUGGCGCCUACCGAGGAGCGAAUUCAUUCAAGGCGUUUAGUCACAUGCUGCCAGUGGUUCACAGGCCGUGUUUCCCUGGAGCUGACUUGCACAUGUUGCGGUAUCAACCCUUUGGAGCAUUCAAAGAGUUUGCACUGCUGAAAGUUCUCCCCAUAUUACCCACCAUUCCGGUCCUCCGCUUGAAGAUUGUUAGCAAAGCUAUGGUCGCAGUGGUUGUGGCGGUAGCCAUUACACAGUUUGUGCCAGGGGCAGAUGCGCUGGUGCACUCGGGCCGUGCUGCUGGAGCUGGUUUCUUGCGCAAAGUCGCGGAUGCGCUGAGCCCUUGA